GAUGAUUGGCGCGGGCUCGUCUGUUCUGGACGCCUGAAGUCUGAUAAGUCGAUUCGUUUGACCUUCCGCCCUUGAGAUAUAUAAAUACAACUCAAUAUCCGGCCUGCUUUGACUUGUGAUUUGUUUUUUUGUUCAUCGACGAAACAUCUCUCACAAUGGCACAAGUUUCACGACCCACCGAUACCAACGUUCGGGAUGCCGAUAUUGAGCGCAAGUUGCAGCUCUAUGGCAUCUUCCUUGCCUUCAAGGAAGGCAAGAUGCCAACCAACGCGCAGGCCGACAUCGCGCUGAACUCCCUACUUGGCUCAGAUCUUCUCAACCCGGACUCGAAAUGGAACAGAAAGCUCUCCGACGAAGGCCGGUCGCUGAUCAAAGACGCAGCUGCUGUGGUUGAGUCUGCGAAGACUCUCUGGAUCACCAAAAACCGCGGCAACUUGCUGCAGGAGUUUCUUUGGCACUCAUCGCUCGUGAGCGAGAGCAAGCACAACAUUGUAGAGCCUGUCAAUACCGGUGAUCCUAAAACCACUCCUGGCAGAGACAGUGCGACUUUGUACGAAGACCAGGACGUUGUCGGAGGACUCAAGAACCUUGGAACCUUGAUCAUCACCAACGGACAGUUCCGCAAGCUCUUGAACGAUUUCGUCAUUCUAUUCCGUGACAUGGCUGGUGACGUCGCCACGAGCGCGACCGACAAGCUCGGCAACGCCGCUGAGCAGGUGCGUCCUUCGGAAGAAGAACUGGGCCAGAUCGACGAAUCCGCUCCCGAUAACCAAUGGCACGACAGUCCCGACGCAUCGAAGUUUGACAAGUACAAGGGUGCUUUCAACAAGGACAGCGACGAGGCUAAGCGAUACAAGCAGCAGGCCAUGGACGCUAAGCAGCAGCGACUGGGACAGGCCAAGAACUACCUUUCCGAGAAGAUGCCCCAGGAGCGUCGUGACCAGAUCAUCGUGCGCUUGAAGAAGAUGGUCGUUGAGAUCCAGGGCCACCCCGAGUUUCAGAGCGCUAUUGACUCGCUUUUGGACUUCCUUGAGAAGAACAAGGCUACUGCGAAGGACUCGAUGGGCAACGGUUCUUCUCAAGCAAAGAAGUUCACCGAGAAUGAUCAUUUGCAGGCCGCGCAGACCAGCUUGAGAACUCUCGUCGAGCGAUUCGCAAACGACUCGUCUCUCGAUGAUCUCUUUGGCGUUGCCAACGAUCUCUAUGCCGCGGCAGAGAAGGACGAACAUCUCCGCAGCUGGUUCACUGAUGUUGACAGCUACAUCCGUCGUGUCCUCAAGGAGAAGGGAUAUAUUCUCGAAGACUCGGCGACUCGCGACUACAACAGUCUUUACGACCGUGGGCGCGAGAUCUUCUCCAAGCAGUACAAGGGAUACGGUGACGACUUCACUCGGGAGUUCAACUACUUGAUUGAGCAGUUCAGAGCCGAUCCUUUGAACGACAAGUUCGGCAAGGAUAUGGACAUACUUUUCAAGAAUCUCGGAACCGACGGCGACGAUGGGUUUGUCUUCAAGCCUCAUCUGCUCAAGGAUGUCACGAAUGUGAUCAUCCCGGAGAUUUUCGAGAACGUCAGAUACGUACCGCUUCCGCGCAUUGAGUAUAGUGAUGUGAUGAUUGAUGCGGUUGUCGAGAACUUGAUCGUCGAGUCAAACAACUUCUUCCCUAACCUCAUUGAGCUUCACAACCAGAGCGUUAUGCGAUGGGGACGCAGCACUUACUCUGAUGCGAACUACAAGCAUGGCUCGUUUACGAUGACGUGCAAGGGAAUCCAGUGCGACCUCAAGGACGUGAGCUACUACGUUAAGAAGAAGAGCGGAUUCCCUACGCUGCGCGACACCGGUCUUGCCGACUUUUAUCUCGGCCGCGACGGACUUAGCUUCACGAUCUCGCUCUCGACCGCGACCGAGAAGAGCCCGAACAACUUCUUCCAGGUCGACAACGUCAACGUCAAGAUUCAGGAUUUGGACGUCCGUCUGCGCCGCUCGCGCCACAAGAUCCUGUUUGCGAUCUUCCGUCCUCUGCUGAUGUCGAUCGCCAAGCCUGCGAUCAAGGCCGUUCUGCAGCAGCAGAUCAAGAAGAGCUUCAACGAUCUCGACACGAUGGCGUACCAGGUGCAGCUCGAGAAGAAGAGAAUCGCGCACGACGUGAAGAACGAUCCCGAGCUGGAGUCGAAGCCGUCGAUCUUCUCGAUGUACUCUGAGGCGGUCAAGAACGAGAUGUUCAAGUCGAAGGAGAAGAAGGCGGAGGCGAACAAGAAGAAGCCCGAUCGUGAGGCGAAGACCAAUAUCGCAAUGACGCAGCACGACUCGAUGUUCAAGAACAUUGUCUUGCCCAAGGGUAUUUCGUCCACCAAGGCUACCAAGUACAAGGAGAUGGCUCUCUCCGGCGAACGAUGGACGUCGCCUGUCUUCAGUAUCGGCUCCGCCUCUAUCACCGGCGAUAUCAACGCCCCUGACAAAAUCACUCGUCGCGACGAUAAGAGCGGACUUACCGGUGCCACUGGUGGAACUGGUGUCACGGGUGCCACUGGAACUACUGGCACUACUGGCACUACUGGCACUACUGGCACUACUGGCACUACUGGCACUACCGGCACUCGAGGCAGCGGUACCGGAACGAAGGAGAAGUAUCUCGCCGCCGGUGCCGGCGCGACUGGUGCUGCUGCUGCCACUACUGCUCUGGGCACCAACCACAACCAGUCUACCACCUACGAAGGCGCAGGCGUCGGCCAACAGACGGAGGCGUACGAUCCAGGUAACACCACUCGUCCCGGCGUCGUCACCGCGAAUUCUCAGCCCGGCUUGUACGAGCAAGGCCUGACGACCGACCGGACUGCGUCUGCCACUACGUCUUCCUCUGGAGGAUACGGCGCCACCACUGGAACUACUAACGGCGCGCAGGGCCGUACGAAUGCCCCGUCGAUGCCAGGGCAGUUUGAUGACGGGACGUUCCCCACCAUGAGAUCCAAGCAGACACCGAGCGGCGUUCAGCCCAUGCGCGUAUCUGAGAAGGUGGAGCAGAUGCUUACGGAGAACAAGGCGGUCAACACGAGAAUCAACUGAACGAUGAAAUGAGUUUCUGUUUUUUUGGAGGAGAGAGGAUAAUAAGUGCGUUGUAUUUUGUAAUUUAUAGUUGUAUGCGAUUGACUGGUAUAUU